AUGGCGGCGAUGUCGAAGCUUCUCAAUCUCCCGCCGGGGCUCGCGCGGCCUGCCACGAGGACCCCCGUCAAGAGGGCUUUGAUUAUAGGAAUAAACUACGCCUCUGCCACCAGAGCUGACAAGGCCAAACCCAAGGCAGGUGAGCUACAGUGCGCACACAGAGAUGCGCGCAUCUGGCGCGACCUGCUCCUCGACACGUAUGAUUACCGGAACGAAGACAUCACCCUCAUGCUCGACGCGCCGGACAUGCCGGUUGAUCUACGGCCCACGAAGAUGAACAUCCUGCGUCAGAUAUCUCGACUCGUUCAAGGCUUGGAGUCUGGGGACAGAAUAGUAUUUUUCUAUGCCGGUCAUUCACGUCAGCUCGAAAGCAAGAGUGUCAAUGAGGAAGACGGCUUCGAUGAAGCUCUCGUACCUGUGGAUCACAGCAGCGAGAACGACUGUCUCAUCAUCGAUAACGUCCUUCGUCGGAAGCUCGUCGACCCUCUCUCUGCAGGAGUGUCGCUGACGGCGAUCUUCGACUCCUGCCACUCGGGGACGCUAUUAGACAUGGAUCACUAUCUAUGUAAUGGGAUCUACUUUCCCUGGCUGAGUAGAGGCAAGCGCAAGUCCAAGCCCAAGUUGCAGGGCGUCGUACGAAGGAACGCUCGAGUCGUGACCAAGCCCAACGUCAAGAUGACAAGCCUCACCCCCGAAGACGCUGCCAAGAUCGACAUCGCUGUGCCGGGAGAAACCCGGGGCCGAGCAGACCUUCGCGUGUACGGGCGCGAGCGCACGCCGAAGGGCAAGGUGCUCAAGUUCGACACUGCCAUUGACAAAGUCGAGUCCAACGAGAAGGGAGAGAAACGUUUCGUCCUUACUCGGUCGUCCUCGAUGCAAGUCAAGCGCGACAAGCCGUUCCCCGGAAUCAAGGCUACGAUCCAGCGCUGCUAUUCCUUCGACUACAAGUACCGCACGCUCAAGAGAGAUGGCUCCUGGUUCACCAAGGCCCGGAAAGAUUCUCCAGCACACUUCUGGAGCGACAAGGAGCGGUGCUCUUCGCCGGAACCCAUUGGGAGGAGGUGUGACGGAUGGUGCCAAGUUGAGUCUGAGCCGGAGGUGCAUGUGGUCAGCAUCUCUGCUUGUCAGGAUCUGCAAGUGACGUACGAGACCCGUGACGGGAAAUCCAUGACCACGGAUCUGGUAGAAUUGCUCAGGAGCGACCCGUACCCUCGUUGCCGCGAGCUUGUCCAGCAACUAGGACACAAGCUGCACGGAACUAUUUUGCUGGUACACCAAGCCAGCAAAGAACAGCAUGACAAGGCGAAGAAGAAGAAAACCAAUGUUAAAAGAUUACUUGACGGCGACAACUUCUCGGAGCCCCAGAUUGGGAGCCAGCACACCCUCGUGAGUGUCAAACUUGUUCCAGCCUAA